CGCGGGGCCCACCGUUGCAUCGCUCGUCACACGAAACGGAUCCCUUCCAUUCGACGAUUGCAUCAUUACAUAUUUACGCGUUACUAUGAUACCGAUGAAUUACAAAUCUGGUAGUUCUUUGAUAUACAUGCACACUUCCUUCUUUGGUUUCUCCCUUUCAGAUAUAUCCAAAAUAAAUUACCAUGAAUUUUAAUUACCUUGAAAAAAAACGGAAGCAAAAUAAAUUCACCAAAUCCGCUAGAUAUUCUCAACAAAAAUUUCUUAAACAACCAACAAAUAUAUUAAACAUGCGCCAAAUAUAGCCUCCUCAAUUUUCCAUAUAAAAGGAUAACAAGCAUACAACUCGUGGCACAAAAGUAGACCCACAAAGAAACCAAACCAUGUCAUCAUCCAAUCUCCUCUUCGCCGCCGCCGCCCUCCUGGCGCUCUUCUUCAUCUCGGCGGCGGAAGCAACGGUCCCCGUCUCGUGGCUGCCGUUCAAGAACCUGAAGGCUCCGAAGGUGACGGCGAUCGCCCAGUUCGCGGUGAAGGAGUACAACAAAUUUCACCCGGACCGCCCGCCGCUGACUCUGGUGAGCAUCGACAGCGGCGAGUAUCUCAAGGCCGACGGUGAGAACUACCACCUCUACAUCACCGCCGCCGACCGUUACGGCCCCGGGAAGUACCAGACGUUUGUGUUCGAGUAUCCGGCGGGGAAUUGGGAUCUAACGUCGUUUGUACGAAUGGACCGGGGCUAGCUUUAGCGACGAAAUUGAUAUUGGUUGCUAUAGAGCAGAUGUUUUCAUUAUUGUUAAUUUGUAUGCCUUGUUUGUUCCAAUAAUUGAAAUCGUAAUCCAGAGGGGAGAAUUAAUUUGGAUUAGAAGAAGAAGAAAAAACCAAUAUUAUUAUUAUUAUCAGUCCGUGAAUUUUUUAUCGAAAUUAUUUUCAAUCCUUUCUGUUGUCAUUUGUAUAUCGAGAUAUGCGAGAUGAGGUUAAUUAUGAGAAUGCCACAACAAUUUGGAAAAUUCCAUUUGUAUGACGAUUAACAUAAGAAAAUUUACCAAAAGAUGACUCUAGUAAUAGGAAUUGGAGCUCUCCUAUAAUUGCACCACCACGAGCAUCAUCGAUCGAUUUCGACAUAUAUUACUAUUAUCUCAUUCGUCAUCGAAAAUUCAGAUAAAUAAAAAGUUGCGCGUCCUCUAAAAAAAGACUAUCGUAUAGUUCAACGUACCACGCAUAAUUUAUUUCGAGGAUACAUAAAGAAUAAAAAAAUUACUCUACAAUUAACUUAGAGCCGUUAUUAGUUGCCGAAACUUUCAGAUUCUGCUCUUCACUCUGACCCUGACAUUUCUUCGCGCAGUAUUGAUCGCACAAUUUCUGGCUACCUAAAUGGCAAUCGAAAUCGCAAUUUUUGAGACACGACGCGUGAUCUGCCAACACUACUUGAUUGGCCGAAACGAAAACAACCAACAGUACUACAAUCGCUCCAACCAUGGCCUUCAUUUUUCUUCUCCUCCAACGUACGAUGAUUUCUGCAGAGAUUCUGAUUUCUUCGUUAGGGUUUAUGUUAAUUUCUAGAGUUCUUCGAUUUUCACAAUAACAAAAAAGUGGGUGAAUAUCUAAUCUAGCUCGUCUUUUAUAUGUUGAUUCAUUUAACUUGUAAUCUAAUACACAGGAUGGCGCUCCUUUCUUUUUCUGUUGCAAUUAUGCAGCCGUUUUCCCUUCUUUUCCUUAAUUUCUUCCAUUCAUGCAUGUCUGGAUUCAUAGUAAUGGAGAAUGUUCAGUCCAGUGAACCGAUGUAAAUUUAUGUCAAAACGAUGUUUCGAUUGGUUUCCGUAUAUUAAAUAGGGAAAACACGUAAUAGUGCAUACAAAGAAAUAGAGACGAUAUCGGGUUCAUCGUGCAUGAAACCGCAAAUCCGGAGGGAAGAAGAAUGGCGACGUUAGAUGAUAAAAAAAGGAAAAAAUGAACAUCAUCAUCUUUCUUUCAUAUAUAGAUCGAUGUCGCGGCAGCCAAAGUACUGACUAGAAUCGCAUAGCACUUGUCGUAUCACGAUAUGAGUAACCACGCGAUAUUCACGCGACUAAAAUAAAGAAAACCUAAAAUG